GCGUUGCUGAAUGUAGAGCUCGCCUAUGGCCAUGUGGCGAGAUGAAGCCAACAAGCUUGCGAGGCGCUUGAACCCCGAUUCAGCUGGCGAGAAGCUCUUGCUGUUUGACAAAAAAGAUGAAGAGCAGUGCACACUCACAGUCCUGAAUUGGACGUCAAGCUACACUGGCAAGUCGCAAGACGAGGCGGCUAAGAGGUUCGUGGAGGAUCCAGAAGUGAAGAGAGAGAUUGAUAAUCUUGGGCCCUCCAAGAGGAAAAAGAAGAUGUUGGCGCAUGAGGCCCAAACUGCCAAAAGUGUUUUCAACUCCAUUUGCCCUUGAUGUGCGUGGGCGGGGCCAUGCGAAGUUACAUGGGCGGCCCAAGCGCUGCCGAAAGAAGUGUCUAUGCGGAAAAGCGCCGUGCUACAGCUGAGCAGAGCUGUGAGGAAGUGCUGGCGCUUCCGUGUGCUUGUGGUAUGUUGAGUGAGCGACCAGGCCCAGCAACGUGUGAGCCGCCUGCGGUCACCGCCUCAAAACGUCAACACCUCGUGGAACCCCCACGGGCUGUUGAAAACAGCUGCAACACACCUUGCAACGCAUGUUGAGUGUCUAAGGCCAAGAUGUCGGGCAUUUCACGUGUUCUUGCGGCCUCCCAGGAUUUCACCAAGAAGGUGUUGACCAAGGAAGCGGAGGCGGCCGGGCUUCAGGCUCACGCGAAGAUGAUCAUCGAGAUACGCAAGCAAGUGUACGCCAAAGUGGCGCUCAAGGACGAAGGCAUGCAGAACGACUUCGUGCGGGAGAAUCACAACAUGGAGGAGAUCGCGGCGGCGGAGGCCAGCGAGCAGGAGGAUGAGGAGCUGGAUCAGCUUCAGGUGGACACGGCUACAGACUGCUACAUCUUCGAAGACAACAACAUGGUCCUCUGCGUCCGCGACUGGCGGCUUGCGCAAUGCCUCGCGGAGGGUUGGCUGCCGUUGGAGCCGUUGCUGGAGGAGCACGGCAGGCCGGCGGAGGAGAGGCUCCGAAGCCUUGAGGCGGAGCUAGCCAGCGAGUCCGAAGAGGAGGUUUAAGGUUUGAGCGACUUCUCCUUCGGAACUACGGCCGCAUGUGCUGCCCAUCGGCCGAUGCUGAGGUUGGCGAACGCAUCACACCCAUCCCUUUAGACGCGCAG